AUGGCUCGCGCUCUUGAAGGAAAGUUCGGUAUCGUCACCGGCGGAUCGCGCGGCAUCGGCGAAGCGAUCGCCCGCAACCUCGCCGACAAGGGCUGCAACCUGCUGCUGAACUUCACGUCCGAGUCGUCGCGCGCGCGGACGGACGAGCUCUGCGCCGAGCUGGCGCAGGCCCACUCGAUCCGCUGCGUCUCCGUACAGGCGGACCUGUCGCAGGCCGCCGAAGCGACAGCGACCAUCCUGGCCGCGGCGAAACAACACUUCACCACCGCGUCAGGCCACUUCCAGAUCGACGUGCUGAUCAACAACGCCGGCGUGUCGAAAGACCGCUUCCUCAACGACGCAACCAAGGGCCCCAUCGACGCGGACUACUUCUCGUGGCACUACACGAUCAACGUGCUAGCGCCACUCCUACUGACGCAGGCGUGCGCGCCGUUCCUGCCGACCGACCGCUCCGGCCGCAUCGUCAACAUCUCCAGCGUGUCGUCGAGUCUGGGCUUCACGGGGCAGUCGGUGUACGGCGGGACGAAGGCGGCGCUGGAGGCGAUGACGCGCACGUGGGCGCGCGAGCUGGCCGACCGCGCCACCGUCAAUGCCGUCAACCCCGGGCCGGUGAUUGGGGAUAUGUAUUUUGCGACGGGGGAGGAGUUCUGGCGGCAGAUGCAGGGGUUCCAGGACGCGACGCCGUUGAGUAAGAUGCUGGCUGAUGAUCCGAAGCUGGCCGCGUUGAGCGAGGAGCAGAUCCGGUUGAUUAAUGAGAAGAUGGGUGGGCGGAGGCCGGCGUUUACGAGUGAGAUUGCGGGUGUUGUUGCUGAACGAGUCAUGAACAUUGUCAUGCUAAACAUGAGACUAUUCCAGCACGGAGACUUUUAG